AUGUCUGAAAUACCUCCAAAUAAAUCGUUUCAACCUUGGAACAUCGAUGUUGUGGAUGCAUCUUUGCAAUAUGCAAGGAACAUAGCAACAAGAAAGGUAGCCUUGACAAUUUCUUUAGCAUACUCAACCAUUGAAGAGUGGUAUUAUCUUGUGAGAGAGAGCAAUAAAAGUUUCAAGCAGCAGGUCAGAAUGCUAAUUCCUCUUUUCAAGAAGUUGAGUUAUUUAAUCCUCAUAUUUACAACCUUUUAAACUUUUUUGUAUCUUUUCUUAACCUUCUCUGGUGAUUCCUUGAUAAGAAGGUAGGGGUGGUAGAAAGUGAAACAGGAAGAAAUAUCAUAAGAUGAAAGAUACAAAGUACCAUAAUAGAUUAUUUUUCAGAUUUUUUAUUUUUGCACUAUUUCAAGAGGUUACAGCUGAGUAAUUAUAUAGAUUACAAAAGUAAGAAGAAGAAGAAAAAUGGAAACAAAAAAUUACAUAAAUAAUCAAUGGUUAAAUGUGCACAGUGACCAAAGGAGCUUAAGCUUUCGAGUUGGUCACUGCCACAUGUAACUAAGGCGUACAAAGACAGUUGCAUAAAGUUACAAGCAAUGCAUAAUGGAGAAAGAAAAAUUUAAAAUACAUAUCUUGUUACAUACAAUUUCAUAUAGUAUUAAAAAAGAAAAAAAAAUUAGAAACUAUUAUUGACAGUGACUGCAGACAUCAAGUAUAUUCAUUGAGUACUUAAAAGGUACAGCUUUUAUUGCUGAUAGAAGCAAUAAUAUAAAAUAUAAUAUAAAAAUAUAUAUAAUCAUCACCUACAUUUUGUCUGCAUGAAGUGGACUUCAUGAGGCCUUAUCAAGACCCUGAUAAAGGCUAGUCUAUCCAGCUAAAAGAAAAGUGAUGUGAGAGGAAAACACAUCAUUUUAGUCUUUAUUUGUGAUCAACCAUACACUUCAUUACAUUCACAUUUUUAGUGGAUCACUCAGGGCAAAUUUUUUAUCAUUUAUUCAGUAAAUAUGCUUAUUUACAGUGCAUGAGGUCAGGAGUUCUCUCAUAUACUGUCCAUUUAUUUCUUGAUUUUUUGACUGACUGAUUGAUUGAUUGAUUUAUGCAUGCAUGCAUGUAUGUGUACAUCUGUAUGUGUGCAUGUUUGUCUUUAUUUAUUUAUUUUUUAAUUUCUUUUUUUAGAAACUGCAAGCAACUCUGAGAAUAUCAAGUUCCUCUAGAACUAUAGAGGCCUCCAGGGAAUUUUAUAUACCAAGAGCUAUGAGAAGGCCAAGUUUUACUAUGUCAAUGACAGAAGAACGCUAACGUUUCCAGAUUUAAUUGACAUAUGUGCACCAGCUCAUGCUUUGUAAUCAAAGAUGACAUGGGUACACACCAACAUAUCCAUGAGCAGUUUGCAAAAAGAGCAGCAAAUGUACUAUCUCUGUAUCACACAAAUAAAGGUAAGACAGAACUGGGAGAAAUUAGAUGAGAAAACACUGAAAUUUCAUUUACAUGAAGACCAAUUAGCUACUUAUCAAGAGGUUGAAGAUGAGGUAGCUUCCCUACAAAAAUGA